GUGUGACAAUAAUAAACUGGCUUAGACAAAUAAUGCCAAAGUUGUUAUUUAUUAAACGUAAACUAAAAGAUAAUCCCCCUUACUUAUACUCCUUUUUCUUUCUUUGCACUAUAACCAAACUUCUUGUUAUAUACACCGCGUACGCAAUUAAAUGAUAGGGGAACUAAACGGCGAUAGAACUUAUACAGUUUCGGGUUUAUCAGAAGAGACAAAAAAACAUUACGAAAUUGUUGUGGGCAUUGAUUUUGGAACCACUUAUUCUGGUGUUGCUUACGCGAGAGUCGGGGAGAUGGAAAGCGGACGUGCUCUCGUCAGUAAUAUUGACAAGUGGCCUGGAAUUACGGCUUAUAGUCAAACGCCAACAAGAUCAGCAUAUUUAAAUGGCAAAUUAUCUAAGUGGGGUGGUUUUGGAACUGUUAGUAAAGCCACUAAAACUAUCUCAUUGUUUAAACUUCACUUGGACGAAACCAAAACACAUCCUAACUCAAUAUUGCCCUACGGACUAGAAUUAGAACAGGUGAUUUCAGAUUACCUCAGAUCAAUUUAUGAACACACGUGCACACUUUUAAAAGGCCGUUUUGGAAAGACACUUGAUACAAGUAAGCUACGGUUCUGCUUGACGGUACCUGCUGUUUGGACAGAGAAGGCUAAAAACAUAAUGCGAGAUGCGGUCAUUAGAGCUGGGAUUAUCAGUAAAGAAGACCCUCAGGACAGGUUGUUGCUAGUUGGCGAGCCAGAAGCUGCUGCUUUGUAUUGUGAGACUUUUCUUGAUGAAUAUAAUCUUAAACCUGGUCAAAAUUUUCUCAUUUGUGAUGCUGGUGGAGGAACAGUAGAUCUUGUGGUAUAUCGUAUAUCUGUUGAUAAAAAUGGCAAAAAUUCACUUAUGGAGGAGGUUGCAGGCGAUGGUGCAAUAUGUGGUUCAACUGCUCUGGAUGCUAAUUUUAGGAGAUUUGUUUCUGAAAAUAUGCAGUUAUUUUUUAAAGAUGAAGACGCUUUGACUGACAAAGAGCUGGAUGCCAUUGUCAAGGUAUUCACGGAUGAAACAAAGUCUCAAGUAUGUCAUCCAUCAAAUCCCGAUUAUGACGAGGAUUUCUUAAUUGUAACGCUCCCUGAUCGAUUUGGAGAAAUAGAAUAUGUUGUGGAAAAAGACAAACUAUUUUUUACAGAUUCUCAAUUACUUAUACAUCCUGAAAUAAUGUUAUCGGAGAUCUUUGAUCCUGUAAUCGACCAGGUGCUAUCUUUGAUUGACACACAGCUUGAUAGAAUAGACAGAACGCUAGACGCGAUAUUUUUAGUUGGUGGAUUUGGUCAAUCAACCUAUCUGCUUCAUAAAAUUACAGAUAAAUUUACCGAUGAUGUAGCAUUGAUUUGUGCCCCUGCGCGUGGAGAAAUGGCUAUUGUUCGUGGAGCUGUCUUGAUGGGAUUGGAUCCUCAGUUUGUUAAGCAGCGUGUCGUACGUCGAACUUAUGGGUAUGAAUGCUCGUUAGGAUUUGACAACGCAUUGGAUCCAAAGAGGUUAAGAACUGUUGAUCAGAAUGGUGAAGUUUAUUGUAACAAUCGGUUUAAAAGCUAUGCUUUGAAAGGAGAAGUUAGAGAUGUAGAUUAUUAUGCUUAUACAUCAUUUAAGUGCUAUUACAACAAAAAUCCUGUAUUGCAGUUAUAUGCCUAUGAUGGUAAUCCUGAACAGCUCCCCAGAUAUACCACAGAUCCUGCGGUGAAGAAAGUCACUGAAUUUGAAAUUGUAUUGCCAAAUAUUCCGGGCAAAGGCCCCAGUGAUACUGUUGUCAUCAAUGUGAAAUUUUAUCUCUAUCAAACUGAAAUCAAGCUUGAGGUAGAAAUAGGGAACAAAAAAAAAGUUUAUACAGGCUCUUAUAAAAAGACGGAAAAUAUGCCAAUAGUCGGAGAAAUUUUGAACGGUGUCCAAAGUAUGGAAAUAAAGCAUGGUUCUGAAAGUUUGGAAAAAAGUUACGAAACACAAACAACGAAAAAGGAUCAGCCCAAAAAAACAAGUGGAAAUGACAUAGGAAUUCAAGGAGUUAUUUCUGAAAAAACAAACUAUAUCAGAAGAUAGCACUUAAUAAACGUUUUAUAAUUUUGGCUUUUGAG